AUGGCUCGCACGUACGACGACGGUAAGAAGAAGCCCAUAGUGAUAUAUCCUGCAAGUAUCGUGUGGGCCUCACCGAGUCCAAGAUCCACAGACUCGCCCGCUACUACAGAAGCAGACGCCGUCUUCCUGCCACCUGGAAGUACACCGCUGCCAAGGCCUCUGCCAUCGUCGCUUAAACCCGACUUUUUUCCACGCCGCAAAACUUCAACGAACUUCGAAGCUAAAGGGGGCCAAAGGGUCUUCUUCGCUGAUUAG